UAAAUACCAGGCGGUUGCUGUUAGAGACGUCCGCCAUUGAAGACUGGGUUGCUGCGCGUUUUUGAAAAAGAUAGUCCGUAAACGUGAUCUUUUCUUUAUAAAUAAUAUAAAGUGAGUGAAAUAUCCGCACAUUCGUUUCUACAUCGUCAAGAUCAUCCAGUGAUCAUCUUUCCAGCGGAACAUCUUCGGCACAUCUGUCUCAAUUCGGCAAUAAAAACAAUCUUGUUGUGCCAGAGACGGAAAGUGGCACAGGCCUAAAAUGUGUGAUGAGAGCUGAGCUGCUGCGUCGUAGGCUAAAUACCUCCCUCAAUACUGCACGUGACGUUCUUCAGAUCAGACCAUGUCUGAAGUGAGCUUCUCGCAGCCGCUGGUCGUGAGCGGAAACCCCCCGCCGCCCGAAUACAAGAACCCCAAGAAGCCUGGGCGACUCACCAACCAGCUACAGUACCUGGAGAAGGUGGUGAUCAGAGCUCUGUGGAGACACCACUUCUCCUGGCCUUUCAGGCAGCCUGUGGACGCAGUCCGACUCAACUUGCCUGAUUAUUACACAAUCAUCAAAACCCCAAUGGACUUGAAUACAAUCAAAAAGCGUCUAGAGAAUAAUUAUUACUGGAAAGCAAUGGAAUGCGUUGAAGAUUUUAACACCAUGUUUACCAACUGCUACAUGUAUAAUCGGCCUGGAGAUGACAUUGUGCUGAUGGCCCAGGCUCUUGAGAAACUGUUCCUUGAGAAGGUGUCUCAGAUGCCAGAAGAGGAGUGCGAGAUCCCUGCUGUGACAGCAAAAGCACCAGUGAAGGGCCGGAAAAGCACAGCGGGUCUUGGAAAAAUGAGGCCACAGUCACCCAUGUCAGAGGUGGUCGUCCAGCAGACUGUCACAGUCAUCCCUCCAGAGGCUCUUCACACCAUCCCGACUAACACCCCUCUGUCUGCUCAGAUCACAGCCAAGGUCAAAAAGGGUGUGAAACGAAAAGCAGACACAACCACCCCCACCGCAUCAACCGUCCCCAGCUAUGAUUCGUCCCCUUGUGUGGGUGAACCAAAGGCCCUGAAGCUCUUCUCCAGGCGAGGCAGCGGCCGACCAAUCAAACCCCCCAAGAAAGAUCUGCCCGAGUCCCCCCAGCAGCUUCAGAUGGGCCGGCGAGCGAAGCUGUCCGAGCCGCUCAAAUACUGCAACAGCAUCCUGAAGGAAAUGUUCGCCAAGAAGCAUGCCAUGUACGCCUGGCCCUUCUAUAAACCCGUGGAUGUUGAGGGUCUGGGUCUGCACGACUAUCACGAGAUCAUCCAUCAACCCAUGGAUCUGGGCACAAUCAGGAAAAAAAUGGAAGCCAGGGAGUACACCGAUCCCCUUCAGUUUGCUGCAGAUAUGAGACUCAUGUUCUCAAACUGUUACAAAUACAACCCGCCCACUCACGAAGUGGUUGCCAUGGCCAGGAAACUUCAGGACGUUUUCGAGUCCCGUUUUUCCAAGCUUCCCGAGGAGCCGGUGAGGAGCUCUGGUCCCGUCCAACCCUCCAGCAAUAAGAGACAGAGGAAAGACAAAGUCAACAGCCCCCCCAGCUCCGACAGCAGCGAGAGUGACAGCUCCUCCCCAUCUGAAAGUUCCUCAGACACAGAGGAAGAGGAAGAUGAAGAGGAAAGGGCUCAGCGUUUGGCCCUGUUAGAAGAGCAGCUCAAAGCAGUACGAGAGCAGCUUCAGCUGCUGACCCAGGCGCCUCUCCUGAAACCAAAGAAAAAAGAGAAGACAAAAGAGAAGAGGAAAAAAGAGAAGGAGUCGAGUAAGCGAAAGAGCGAGGAGUUGAAGAAACACAAAUCAAAAGGACAGAAGAGAUCCAGGAAGGCAUCGCGAAACAAGGAGGGCAGAGCGUACGAGUCGGAAGACGAAAUGCCUGCCCUGCCCAUGACCUAUGAGGAGAAGCGGCGGCUGAGCCUGGACAUAAACAAACUGCCCGGAGACAAGCUGGGCAAAGUGGUGAACAUCAUCAAGGCCAGAGAGACGUCUCUGCGAGACACAGACCCCGAGGAGAUCGAGAUUGACUUUGAGAUGCUCAAGCCCUCCACACUCCGAGCUCUAGAGAGCUACGUCAUGACCUGCCUCAGGAAACGACCCAAAAAACCUGGUCAGAAAAAACCCUCAAAGCCCAAAGCAGAGAAGUCAGGUUCCAAGAACACAGCGGACAAACCGGGCGCAAGCGAGGAGCCGAGUUCAGCGAAGAAGACCAAGACGAAGAGUGAGCCCUCGGUCCUGGCCCAGGAGCUCGGCCAACCGUCACGUCUCAGCGACAGCAGUAGCUCCUCAUCCAGCUCAGACAGCAGUAGUAGUGAUUCUAGUUCUUCUGAUAGCAGUGACACUGAAUCAGAACAGAAAACUAAGAGGACGCAAAGCAAAACAUCCAGACAUGGCAACAAAAAUAAGUCAAAGGAGUCGAAAAGAACGGCUAACUCUGGACUGAAGGAGGUAUGGCAGGGUCCCGCUCAGACCGGGCAGCCUGCCUGUGUCCUGCCGCUGACAGCGGAAAACUGUAAAGACCAGACUUCACUGCAGCACGCCAACCCACUUUCUGAGGCAGCUAUCACAUUACUCCCAGCCUUACACAGCCGUCUCCCCCCGCAGCCCACCAGACCUAGUGCCAAAGCUGCACCUCUACCUCGCAAAACCCGGGCAGCUCCCUCACAAGCCCCCCAGGACUCCCCUUCCACAGUCCCCUGUCUUCCCUCUCCAGCCCCCUCAGGUCACCCUUUAACCCCACCCACCACACCACCCAAACACUCGACCCCACCCCCAACCCUCUCCCCCACUCAGACCCAGACCUCUUUGGUCUCCCCCCACCCUCAGUGUCCCAGCUCCAUCACCCCCCCACACACGCAGGAGGCCCAGCCAGAGCUCCACACACCUGCCCCCACAGAGAUACCUCCACCCAAGGUACAGCAGGAAGUUGUUCCACCCCUCUUGUCACCUUUGACCUCUCCACUUGGUCUGCCCACCGUUCACUCAGGCAUAGCCUCAUCUGGAGUCCAUUAUGAGCAGUGUCCAAUGCUGUCCCCACUCCAGGACAGCCCAUUAGCCCAUAUGAGGGAUGAGAGGGGAGACCCAGGCGUACAGGGAGAACCCAACACUCAGCUACCGCACAAGCUGCAGAGUGCCAGCCUCCCAGAAGCGGGUGAGCCCAGUAAGGCUUGUCAGGAUGGUAAACCUGCUGGGAUUAAAAAGGAUAUAGUCCUAAAAAACGCAGAGUCAUGGGCCAGUCUCGGGAAAAUGGCCACUCUUGCCCCCUCUACUAUAAAGUCAUCCAAGGAGAGUUUCCAGCAGUUCCGCAAGGUUGCCAUGGAAAAGGAGGAGAGAGAGAGAGCUCGCAAAUUACAGAUGGAAGCGAGCAGAGACAAGAAAGGCUCAGACAAGUGCAGUGUGACGCAGCAGAAAGCCGAGGUGCUGGAUCCACAGCCGUCCACGCAGCAGGAGAGCCAGCCGGCAGAGCUCCCUGUCAUGGCAGCCAUCUUAGAUCCCCCUAAAACCCCUGCCCUUCCCAGCCCCUCCACCCCUCCCCAGCCUCACUCCCAGACCGCAGCCGAGCGGGAGCUAGCCCGCAAGAGAGAGCAAGAGCGACGCAGGCGUGAAGCCAUGGCGGGUGUAAUUGACAUGACCAUGCAGAGUGAUAUCAUGGCAACAUUUGAGAAAAAUCUGGACUGAGACUACAUGAACA